AUCAAAUCAGCUGACGGCCAUCUUGGAGGAAGUGUUGAAAAGAAAGCAUUUACUCGGAAGUUAAAAAAUCAAAAUGUCAGAGUCUUAUGAUUUUCUCUUCAAGUUUCUAGUAAUUGGAAGUGCUGGCACAGGAAAAUCUUGCAUUCUGCACCAGUUCAUUGAAAACAAAUUUAAGCAUGAUUCUAACCACACAAUAGGGGUGGAGUUCGGUAGCAAGGUUGUGAAUGUUGCAGGCAAAGCAGUCAAACUACAGAUCUGGGACACUGCUGGCCAGGAACGAUUCAGAUCUGUGACGAGGAGUUACUACCGAGGGGCAGCUGGUGCCUUACUCGUGUAUGAUAUUACCAGCCGAGAAACGUAUAAUGCACUGACAAACUGGCUGACGGAUGCAAGGACGCUGGCAAGUCCUAAUAUCGUGAUCACACUCGUGGGCAACAAGAAGGACUUGGAAUCGGAAAGAGAAGUUACCUUCCUGGAAGCCAGCAGAUUUGCUCAAGAGAAUGAGUUGAUGUUUUUGGAGACGAGUGCUCUAACUGGGGAGAAUGUAGAAGAGACAUUCUUGAAGUGUGCCAGAACGAUAUUAACGAAGAUAGAAUCAGGCGAGCUGGACCCAGAGAGAAUGGGAUCAGGAAUUCAGUAUGGGGAUGCCUCGCUUCGAAGACUACACCGACAGCAGCAAACGACAAAGCGCUCCGACUGUGCCUGCUAGCAGACAGCCACCUCGCGGAUAAACAAGUGCUUUCAGAAGAUACCAUAACGCAGAGAUCUGACGAGGAUUUCAUCUUGAAUAAAACAUGUCUCAAGUUUUGACUCUUUCAAAGGUCUAUGUGCUGUAAUUUAUAUUCACAAACUGUUGAGAAGAAAUUAAUGCAAGUGUCACAUUUGACAAUAUGGCAUCCUUUUGCCAUCAGAAUUACUUCUGCAUUUCUUACUCUUAUUUGUUGUGCCAUAAGUGUGAUUAUUUUGUUAUUAUAAAUGAAGCCAUGUGGGAUGUUUAGUCUAGCAUGAUAUGAUCAUUCUCAAAAGACUGAUCUUGACGCAGAUUUGGUUGUAAGCCGUUCUACCUUUCACCAUGUAAAAUUUUUGUUCUUUCACUUUUCACAGCUUCCAUUUCCAUAGCAUUUACUAAUACAUAUCAAAAGUUGCGACAUAUUUGGCAUAUUUUGGCUGUGUAAUGUAUUUUAUCCUGCCAGGGAACAUUUCGUUCAGUGUCGUGUCGCGAUUUGCUACUCAAGUUUUAGGGAUCACUACACAAUUUUAAAACAUUAAACAGUAGUUGCUAAUCAGUUUUCAAUUGAUUAGAAAUAUCGCUAAUCAAGAUUUUGAAAACAAAAUGUUCCCUGCCUGCACUAUCUGGGUACAAACUGUACUGAUACAGCAACCGAUGAAAUCCUAAUUUGUGGUUUGUGGUCUCCAUUGGCUAUUCUUGUAUAGUACUAAGCACUCGUAUUGUGUGGUGUUGCCUGAAGUGUUUGCUGAUGGGAAUUUCUCAUAUUGAACAAAUUGAAGCCAAUAUCCUCGGUAAUUAACUAGUUAGUGUUUUUAAUCCAGCAAUGUACGAUAUUAUACUGUUAAAAACAAUUAUGCAGCUGAAAAUUUAAACCAGAGUCACGUGACAAGUGAUUUCCUGCUACUUGCAUUAUCAGCUUUUAUCUCAUCAGUACAAAGAGUGAUUAACCUUGAAUACCGUAUCUGAUUCAUAGCAAGUGUCAAAAGAUCGCAAUGAUUUUAUAAUUUAAAUGUGAAUUUUUAAAAUAUACACAUGACCCUUGAUAAAAUUAUCAUAACACUAUCACUGUUAUAGAUAUAUAUCCAGAGAUAUUCCGACUUGAGUGGUUCUAGGAACACCUAAUUUUCAUUCAUGCUUUUGUGUCUAAACUUAAGUUAUAAAUGAUUCUUUCAUUAAAGUUUCUUGUGCAGUAUUGUACUUGAAUCAUUGUUGAUGAGUUUAUAUUUUGAUAUCCCAGAAAUCUCAGCUAUGUUAUUUAACAUUAACAAACAUGAAGGGGACAUGUCACUUUCUUGAUUUAUGUAGUGCUCCAGUCACUUGUGUUUUGACAACUGCCUUUAAAUAAUAUUUGCAAGUGACAUUUUCUCUUGCAUUAUCUGUUAUAUAAUGAAUAAAUCAUAUAUAAUUAUCAGGGUAAAGAUAUUUGUAGAAUCUCAUUUUCUGCUGUUUUAUCAUAGACGUUGGUAUUGAAAAAAACAUAGUUGCAGACCCUAGUUUCAGCCCGUAAAAAUUAAAUCAAAGUUUGGUUAAUUUACAAACCUGUAACACAUUUGGAUAACAUUACAGCCGAGAAAAACAGGAGUAUGUGACGUUGAAAUGGGAAAUUACCCUUAAAAACAGACUAAAACUCUACUACAUAACCGUAAUUUCUCAGAUGCACAUGCCUUUUUAAAAAUAUUAAAAAUGCAUAUUGUGAUAUUAAAAACACCAGGAUGACCAGAAACACUUCGGUUGUACGAAAAUGGAUAAACUAAACUAUAAAAUAUAAGUAAUGCUUGAUUUCAAUGAUCAUAAAACGGCUCUAAUAGUGAUAAAUAUGCCUUAGUGUUUAAAAACUAGGGCUGUCCCUUUAAAACAAAAAGUUUUUUUCAAAUCCUGUAAAAGUGCACAAACCAAACCCCCUUAAAAUAUGUUGUCUAUCAGACAGAUAAAUGAUUAAUUCAGGAAAUCUACUGUUGUUUUAGUACUGUAUAAAAUACUGUUUUCCAUCUGACAUCUUUCUUACAAGUUUGUUUAAUUGCAUUUAACGUAUAAAUCAUUUAAUGGAUACCUUUCUAUUUGGGACACGUGUUCACGAAGUGGUAAUAUGUAUACACAACCCCCAGUCCCAUGAAUUAACUACAGAAAAAGGUCAAAAUUGUUUAUAACUUUGUUACGGUUUGUAUAUUAGAGUUGAAUGUUUUAAUGGAUGGCUUUAAUAUUUGGUAUGAAUGUUCACACCUAGUUCUAUGAGUAAAAUCUCAACAAACGCUAUUACACUUCAAAAUACAAAAUCUUUUUUUUUCAUCCGGCAAAAACUUAAUGCUUUACAGCAAGAUCCUUCUCAUGCUGUACAUGUAUCAUUGUUUGUUUUUGUUAAUCACUUGUCAUAGGUAAUGUGCUAGCUACUGUGUUUGCAAUUAGUGUUUCUGACUUUUGUUAUUUUAUGCAACGUAUAGUGCUCGAGUGGAAAUGGGGUAUUGUAACAAUGUCAGGACAAAUUCCUUCCAAACGCCCUGCCUCCUACAAAAUGGUCUAUAUUGUUUAUAACUGUUGAAUAAUGUACAUAUUUGAGACUGGCCUCAAUGGUAGAACUCGUGGUUAAAAUAUUAACUAAAGACCGGCAAAUACUGGGUUGGCCUGGUACUGCCUCCCACCCAGAGCGAGUUAACGAUUUAGAUAGCAUGCUUGAACCGUAAUUGGAUAUAAGCACAAAAUAAUUAUACAUUUUUUAUUGCAGUUGUCUUAACUUCAUGUUAUGAGUAUAAAUUUGAUGCCUGGCAUCCAAUGCAAGGGCCCAUUGGCAUAUUUCUCAUUCCAUCCAGUGCACCAUGACUGGUAUAUGAAAGGCUGUGGUAUGUGCUAUCCUGUCUGUAGGAUGGUGCAUAUAAAAGAUUCUUGCUGCUAAUCGAAAAAGAGUAGCCCAUGAAGUGGCGACAGCAGGUUUCCUUUCUCAAUAUCUUUGUGGUCCUUAACCAUAUGUCCGACGCCAUAUAACCAUAAAUAAAAUGUGUUGAGUGCAUUGUUAAAUAAAACAUUUCGUUCCUUCCAAUGCAAGGUAAAGUUUUGUAAACAAAUGGAAAGGUUGUUUUGUAAUUGCAUUAUGCUAGGGUGAGAUCUAGCUCAGUUGGUAGAACCCUCACCUGAGGUGCUUUGGUCAAAAUAUUUUACUGAUUUGGGUUUUCCUGCACACCAGUGCCCCACGACUAGUAUAUCAAAAGCUGUGGUACGUGUUGUCCUGUCUGUGGUAAAAGCACAUAUUUAAGGAUCCCUUGCUGCUAAUGGACAAUGUGGCAGGUUUCAUGGAAAUUAUGGAAUACAUAACAAAACAGGGGAAGUGCCAUUUUAGUUGACCUUCUCUGAAAACUUUCCAACACUUUUAUGGAUUGGUUUAUUUUUCAUUAUGCUAUACAUAACUUGGGCCCUGUUUUAUGAAGCAAUGUUAGUGCUAAGAUCAUCUUAAGUACAUUAGGUAGCUAUGCACUUAAAAUCGCUUUGUAAAAUGGGGCACAGAUGCCACAAUGGAUUUGCAUUCUAGUUGACACACCAGUAUUGGUGGAUUUCUGUAUAACGUUUUGGAUGGAAUUUGUCAGAUUUGAUGGUUUAAAUGGACCAAUUUGUUAUUGAUGUGGUAAAUCGUGAUAGAUUUGCAUGACUUAAUUUACAACUGAACAAGUUUCAUGGACCUGAAAUCAGUGAGUUUGUGUAACUGAAAUUUGUAAUGUAUUACAAAACAGUUUAAGUGGACCAAACUUUUAAUGUUGCUACAUCAUUUGCCUUUUAAUCCCCAGAAGUACUUACUGCAAUAGAAUUAUCUUUCCAGGCUUUUUAAAAAAAAACCUGUUGAAGUUCCAGAAGCUAGAUCUAAUAUAUAAUUUAUGAAAUUGUUUAUAAUUUAACCUCUGGCCUUAUUCGUAUAAAACAUUUUAAACUUUAAAAGUGUAGACAAAAGGAAUCAAUAACAUUUGAAAACUAUACGGUCAAAUGUCUUUACUAAAAUCUUGACUUUCAUCUUUAAAAUGUUUUAUAAUCUUGGGCUGAGGUCUAGGAUCACACUUCUAGGUUGUGUAUUUUAUUGUUAUUUUUUCUCCAAGUUAAGAAGGUGUGUUUAAUAACACUUCAUUGCUUAUAACACAUUUAGUGUUUAGAUGUUAUUGUUAAUUAAAUCAAAACCACUGCUUGCAUUUUGCAUGGCAUUGCCAUCAUGUUAGUCUUUGAACUAUAUGGAAACCAAAGGUCAGACUUUAUUAGCAAAGGUUUUGAAUGUUGUCACUUUUUAAUAUAUUGUAUUGUGACAUGUGGUCAACAAUAAGAUAAAUCUGUAGGCUACAACUCUAUAGGCAGUGAAAUUUGAAUACUUGAAAUAUGACGCUUAGUACUGUCUUUGUGUAUGUACAUGUAUUACCAAACAUAGAGGCUUGGUAAGAAUAGCGUCAAUUGUCGGUUUUGAUCAAACAAAUAAUCAAAAUAUGUUUAGUGAUUUUCAGAUUAUUAUUGCUAUGUACUCUAAUACAGUCAAAUGUGUUAAAGUGACCUCAUUUAAUAGCAGCCAUCUCUCACAACUGAUCUGAUAAAACAAUUACACUUGUUUGUACAUCACAGCUUUUUGGAAAUAUUCUUUUCAUAAUUGUAUCUAAUCAGAGUUGCCUCCCAUGACAUCUGUUGCAUAUUUGUAUAUUUGUGUUUACAGCUGACAGAUGCUUGAUUCAUUAUUCAUUAUCACAGAGUUCACCACUCAUUGGGGAAAUGCAAAGCCCCAAACAGCAAGAAAGCAUUAACCAGACAGCUAAAACAGUUCAUGUGUGUUCCCAGGACAGCAUGUUUGAACUGUAGUAGAAUGCAAGUACAUACACCAAAAAAGAGAAAGAUUAUGGGCCGAAUUUACAAAACCUAUUUUUGACUUACACAAGUUUACACACUUAUAGUUACAAUGCUAUAACACCCGUGUUUAACAAAAACAAGCUUCGUAUUUUCGACCCAAUUUCUUCUCAGUCUAUUUGCAAGGAUUUUUCUAUAAGCUUUAUAAUUAAAAUUAAACAUUUUUUUGUUUUCUUUUGCACAUGAGAGAAACUAUCCUACCUAUCAGUAAGGGAUAAAAGAAACUUGUAGUAUAUGAUCCUCUAUAUGCGUUUUUCUUUUUGUAUUAUUAUGAAAGAUAUUGUCACAUAAAUGUUUAAAAAUCAUAUGCUUGAUGUAAAUAGUUCUAAAAGUUUUGUGUAUAUGUGUAAAUACAUUGUUGUACAUAAUUAGUAAAUUGAAUAUUUUAUAUUAGGUACAAUAUUUAUGUAUAAUGUCUGGGUUUUUGGUCAGUGCUAUAGCAUGCAGUUUAAAAUUUUGAUUUGUUCAUAAAAAAACAUGAAUUUUAUGUACUUGUAUCCUUAAGUAAUUUGGCAUUAUUUCUAUUAAUCCCACCAUUCACACUACCGGGUAUGUCUCAGUACUUCUGAAGUUAGUUUUAAAAAGUUAAGAAUUACUCAGUUAUAACUUGGCAUACAUUUUUUCAAACACGAAUGGAAAAAAAAGAAAGAAAAAAAAAGAAAAAGAGUAGUAUGAAAAAAUAACUCCGUUUCCCAUUUUCCAGUAAUCACUUCUGUAAAUUUUCCUUUAAAUAUGCCUCAAAUAAGAACCCCACCCACAUCUACAAAACCCCCAACAUAAGAUAUUUUUUCUAAUAGUGCUAGUAUUGAUACAAACAGAAAAUAAGUGAAAAGGUUGUAUUUGCACUGACCAGCAAAACAGACAGUAAAAAAGAAAGAUAUUGGUAAUUAAUACUUGUGUGAUCCAUAUGUUAUAUGCACUGUGUGCUUUAGUAAGGCUGCUAACUCAUCCAUGUGUUGUAUGUAAAUAAGUACAUAAUUAUGUAUAUGAAUAAAUGUUUUACAGCUA